GCGAAAUGCAAAAUGCAAAAUGCAGAGAGACGAAGCACAAGUGUACUGUAACCGUAGACGAUGUGAACCAACCUCUCUCUCCACUGAUUACCACGUGGAACUUUUCAAACGCUUCCUCAUAAUUCACGAACAAAACCCAUGUCAUCAACAUUCAACAACAUUAACAGCAACAAACAAAACAAAACUCCCUCUCUCAACCCCUUUUCCUUUUCCUCAGAUUCUUCUUUUUUCUUUCUUUUCUUUCAAAUUUUGUUGUCUCUUUCUCCCACUCACUUCUUUCCUCAAACAAACAUUGUGAGCCACCCCAUUUUUUUCUCUUCUCUCAAAGGGGAAACCUUCACGGGAGAGAGUUUUUCUGUUGAAGGGUUUUCUCUUUUUCCUUUCUUUCAAUGGAGAGGUGUUAUGGUGAGAAAGGGUACAAGCAGAACUCAAAGAAAAUAGACCUUGGUCUAAAGCUUUCACCUUGUGGUGAGAAUGCAGAAGGAGUGGGGUUGAGAAGGGCAUCAUCAUUAGUGGGUGUGGCAAAUGGGGCCCAGUGGGGCCCACCUCUUAGCAGAUCUUGCUCACUGCCAGCAGAGAGGCUGAGGAGGGUGCCUGCACUCUCACCUCAACUGCUUGCUUGGGUGGCUGCUUCUGCUGUCAAUGUUGUCAACACACCAUCACCACUUCACAAACUCAACCCACACCCAAAUUCUUCUCAGGAUACACUCACAGUCACAGGUGUCUCACACAACAAUCCAUAUAUAGGCCACAGACAAUCAGCCGAAGGAGUCGCUUUGAACAUCCAAACAUCAACCAAGCCAGAAAACGAUUCCACGGCUUCCCAGAAGGCAAUGGCCAAGGAAACUCCACCUAGGCCAGCCAAUACCAAGCCGGAGAAUCCGGCCAAAAGGCAUAAACUGGGGAACUACUGCAGCCUUAAAGGCGAUGUAAUGGAGAUCCUGAGGCAGAUGCCAAGUGUGACUACUACUGGAGAUGGCCCCAAUGGGAGGAGAAUAGAAGGGUUCCUGUACAAGUAUAGGUCUGGUGAAGUGUGCAUUGUUUGUGUGUGCCAUGGUAGCUUCCACACUCCAGCAGAGUUUGUGAUGCAUGCUGGGGGAAAAGAAGUGGCCAACCCCAUGAAGCAUAUCACUGUUUUUUCUAACUCAUUUUAGAGGCAAUGGCAAUGAAUGAAUGGCUUUAAAGUUCAUCCAUCUUGGAAUGUAGAGGCAAGUGGAAACAGUGAAACUAUCUUUGGUUAGUUUAGUUUCCAUUAAUUAUAUUAUCCAUUGUGCUGUGAAAGGAAAUUUUCAUCAAAGGUUGUUGGUACUUUUUGUGAACCUAUGUGAUACAAGGUAAAAACAUGAGAAUUAAUUAUGUGACUUAGGUCAAAACUUUUUUCCCUCA